AUUGCGAUAACGAUUACCUAUAUAUUGAUCGGUGUACUAGACUUAUGUACUUUUUUCAAGAUGUUGCGAACCGUCGUUGCAGUGCUGAUUCUUGCUGCUGUCGCUGAUCGGGGCCAUUCUGCUGAUGGUCCAGUGAAACCGAUCCCGGAAGUGGUACCAGAACGAAUAAUCGGGGGAUCCACAUCCAACAUCAUCCCUUAUCAGCUCAGUCUGCGCAGUUACAACACCCACACCUGUGGAGCAGUGAUCAUUUCAGCAUACUGGGCCGUCACAUCAGCACACUGCACAGCAGGGGGGACGAUUUCAUCCCUAACUUUGCUGGCUGGAACAACGAAUCGUCUCUCAGGGGGUGCACUUUACAGGAUAUCCAGGAUAGUGAACCAUCCUCUUUUCGACCAAAGGACUCACAACAAUGACAUAGCCUUGUUGAAAGUUAGCGUCCCCUUCAACUUCAACGAUCUGGUGCAUCCCAUUCCCUUAGCCUACAGCGGCCAGACUCCAACAACAGGCUCAGCUGCAAUGGUUUCUGGAUGGGGAUCUUUUUCAACGAACAGCCCUGCACUCUCAACCUACUUGCAGUCAGUGGUGAUCCCUGUUAUCGAUAACAGCACCUGCAACAAGUUGCUCAAUGGAAGGAUCACUGCCAACAUGUUGUGUGCUGGGCCACUGACAGGGGGGAAAGAUGCAUGUGCAGGGGAUGGAGGAGGUCCUUUGGUGGUCAAUGGGUUCCUUCAUGGAAUUGUGUCCUGGGGAGUUGGAUGCGCGCAGAGGAACAGUCCUGGGGUAUAUACCAAUGUUUCUGCACUGCGCUUGUGGAUUGCCUCAGUUACUGGAGUUUAAUUUUCAUAAAAGUGUAUAACAUCGUGUUAAAAAAUUACAAAUUCAUUCCGAAUUUUAUAAUAAAUGUCUUAAUUCACUAUUAAGACAUUAGAUUAUAUAUAAAAUGUAAUUAUAAUUUUACACCCGAGGACAUUCUGUUGUACAAUUCUUAUUCACAAAUCCAUAAGUUAUUUGUAGGUACGCUAACUGGUACGCUAAAUGGUUUCUCAAAAAAUGAGUUGAUUUAAUUUUUUUUUUUAAGUGCACUAGCAUUGCCCCGAUCCUGGAAAGAAUGGAAUUUUUUUAUCGAAUAGCAGUGUUGCGUUGUUAAAAAUACAAAUUAGCUGGAAUAAAGUGGGGAAUGGACUGACGAGUUGUUCAAUAAAAUUCGGCAUUUAUUUUGCAAGAGAAACUGUACAUCUUUUUGCAUAAUAUAUGCUCUUUCAGAGCGACACUA